UCUCUUCUCUUUCCCCUGCACCGCCGCCACGCCCCUGAACCCCUCGCCUGCCCCGCCGCCGCCGCUUCUCGCCGGAACCGGAGCCUUCUCCGCAAAACCCUCCUCAAAUCCCGGGGAGCGGCGGCGCUCGAUCCCUCCCGAGCCCUCGAGCCGUGCUCCCGCACCGCCGCCGCCGCCGCCGCCCCUGAAUAACUGAGGGAGCGGAGGCGCUGCAUGAGAUAUCUGCUGGCCCUGCUGCCGCGGCGGCGCGGGUGGUGAUGCUCCUGGCCUCCUGCCUGCGGGGCCGCCUCCGCCUCCUCCGCCGGCCACGCCCGCUGAUCAUGCCCUCCCCGCUCUUCCUCUCCCGGAACCCUAAUCCUUCUCCCGGGAACGCGACUGCCACUGGUCCAGUCCUCCUCUCCCCGCCCUCCACCUCCGCCGCGCCCAUGAGCACCAGCGGGGUCUACGUGCCGCCGAUGCGGCGCCUCCGCUCCGUCAUAGCGUCCACCAACGGCAGCCUCGCGCCGCCGCCGUCCGCAGCGGCGCAGGCCCAGCCGGUGCGCAGCACGCCCGAGUGGCGGGCGGACGGGCGCUCGCUCAGCCCACCGCCGUCUCCGCCUCGACCGCCCCGGCGUGCGACGCCUCCCCCGCCGCGGCAGCCUCCUCCGCAGCCAGAGCCUUUCCGGCAGCGAAGCGCUUGGUACUCCCGGUACGCGUACGAUGAUUUCUCCGAGGAUGACUCGGAUCGGGAGAUGGAUCGCACCUCUGUCUCGAGCAAGGGUGGGUCCACUUUAGAUAAUGUUGAUGAAUGGAAAUGGAAACUGCACAUGCUUCUUCGUAAUGAAGAUGAGCAAGAGGUUAUCUCUAGGGAAAGAAAGGACAGACGCGAUUUUGAACAACUUUCCCAACUGGCCGAACGCAUGGGUUUGUACAGCCGUCAGUAUUCUAGGAUUGUUGUGUUUAGUAAGGUUCCGUUGCCUAAUUAUAGAUCAGACCUCGAUGACAAAAGACCUCAAAGAGAGGUAUCUAUACCUUCUGGCUUGCAAAGAGAAGUUGAUGCUCUGCUUUCAGAUUAUCUUGCACGGAAGAGAACAAGCAGUGGGAGCUUUCCUAAUGCUGCCUUUUCAAGGUCAAGUAGCACAGACAGUUUUGCAACUGACGAGAACUUCUUGGAGCAGCAAGAUAAUCAGACUUCAACAAGUGCCGUGAUAGAGAGAAUACAAAGGAGGAAAAGCCUACAGUUGCGUAAUCAACAGGAAGCUUGGCAGGAAUCAUAUGACGGCCAAAGCAUGAUGGAAUUUCGUCGCAGUCUUCCUUCUUAUAAAGAAAGGCAAACAUUAUUGGAUGCCAUAUCUCGGAAUCAGGUUGUUGUAGUUUCAGGUGAAACAGGAUGUGGUAAGACAACACAGCUACCUCAAUACAUUUUAGAGUCUGAAAUAGAUGCUGCUCGUGGUGCCACUUGUAGUAUUAUUUGCACUCAACCGAGACGAAUAUCAGCUAUUGCUGUUUCUGAAAGAGUUGCUGCUGAAAGAGGGGAGAAAAUUGGUGAAUCGGUUGGCUACAAAGUUCGGUUGGAAGGAAUGAGAGGGCGGGACACACGCCUUCUUUUCUGUACUACUGGUGUUCUGUUGCGGAGAUUGCUGGUGGAUAGAAAUUUGAAAGGUGUUACCCAUGUUAUUGUUGAUGAAAUCCAUGAGCGUGGCAUGAAUGAAGAUUUUCUUCUUAUUGUACUGAAGGACCUUCUUCCACGCCGGCCUGAGCUAAGACUUGUUUUGAUGAGUGCAACCCUUAAUGCUGAGCUAUUCUCUUCAUACUUUGGGGGAGCACCAAUGAUACACAUACCUGGUUUUACAUAUCCUGUUCGGACUCAUUUUCUAGAAGAUAUUCUCGAAGUUACUGGGCACAGAUUAACUCCGUACAAUCAAAUUGAUGACUAUGGUCAAGAGAAGAGUUGGAAGAUGCAAAAGCAAGCUCUAAGGAAGAGGAAGAGCCAAAUUGCUUCUGUUGUAGAAGAUUCAGUUCAAGCUGCUGAUUUAAGGGACUAUAGUUCACGAACUCGUGACUCACUAUCCUGUUGGAAUCCUGAUUCAAUUGGUUUUAACUUGAUAGAAAAUGUCUUAUGCCAUAUCUGUCAAAAGGAAAGAGCUGGUGCUGUUCUUGUAUUUAUGACUGGGUGGGAUGACAUCAAUGCGCUGAAAGAGCAGCUGCAAGCAAACCCAUUGCUUGGAGACCCUAAUAAAGUUUUACUGCUUGCAUGUCAUGGUUCAAUGGCUAGCUCAGAGCAGAAACUAAUAUUCGAUAGACCUGAGCCUGGCGUAAGGAAAAUAGUUCUUGCUACCAAUUUGGCUGAAACUAGUAUUACUAUCAAUGAUGUAGUUUUUGUUGUUGAUUGUGGCAAAGCAAAAGAGACAUCUUAUGAUGCACUGAACAAUACCCCAUGUUUGCUUCCAACCUGGAUCUCCAAGGCUUCUGCCAGACAGAGACGAGGCAGAGCUGGUCGAGUCCAACCAGGGGAGUGUUACCAUCUCUAUCCACGAUGCGUGUAUGAAGCAUUUGCUGAUUAUCAGUUGCCAGAACUCCUGAGAACUCCCCUUCAAUCCCUCUGUUUGCAAAUAAAAAGUUUGCGUCUUGGGAGCAUAUCUGAAUUUUUAUCCAGAGCUUUGCAGUCACCUGAGUCUCUAUCGGUAGAAAACGCCAUUGAAUAUCUCAAGGUCAUUGGAGCGUUUGAUCAUAAUGAAGAGUUAACCAUUCUAGGAAAGCACUUAUCCAUGCUCCCGGUCGAGCCUAAAUUGGGGAAGAUGCUUAUCUUUGGUGCUAUUUUUAAUUGCCUUGAUCCCGUCUUAACCAUUGUUUCGGGACUUAGUGUGAGAGAUCCAUUCUUGACUCCAUUUGACAAGAAGGAUCUUGCGGAGUCUGCUAAAUUGCAGUUUUCAUGCCGGGACUACAGCGAUCACCUUGCGCUUGUUCGUGCAUAUGAAGGAUGGAGAGAAGCUGAAAGAGAUCGCAAUGGCUAUGACUACUGCUGGAAAAAUUUUCUAUCUGUGCAAACCUUGAAAGCCAUAGAUUCCCUUCGGAGACAAUUUCUCUUUCUUCUCAGGGAUACUGGGUUGGUUGAUGAAAAUAUGACUUUGUGCAAUAAAUGGAGCCGUGAUGAAAAUCUAGUUCGGGCGGUCAUUUGUGCAGGACUAUAUCCAGGUGUUUCCUCUGUUGUGAACAAGGAGAAAUCAAUUUCUCUCAAGACAAUGGAGGACGGGCAAGUCAUGCUUUACUCGAGUUCAGUCAAUGGAAAAGAAGCUAAGAUUCCGUUCCCCUGGCUGGUGUUCAAUGAGAAGGUGAAGGUGAAUUCUGUUUUUCUCAGGGACUCAACAGCUAUAUCUGAUUCUAUACUGUUGCUCUUUGGAGGCAACAUAAAACAAGGGGGCUUGGAUGGACAUUUGAAAAUGCUUGGAGGAUAUCUUGAGUUCUUCAUGAGUCGUGAUCUUGCAUCGACUUACUUGAGUCUAAAGAGUGAACUUGAUAAUUUAAUCCAUUGCAAGCUCCAAAACCCAAGGAUGGACAUCCAAACCAGUGAGGAGCUUCUGUCAGCUAUUCGACUGCUUGUCACCGAGGAUCCAUGCAGUGGUCGUUUUGUGUAUGGUCGACAAGAGCAAAGAUCAAAGAAAGCAAAGACAAUGCUCUCUGCAGCCCCCAUGGUUCAUGGUGGUGGAAAUGGAGGAGACAACGCGAAGAACCAGCUUCAGACCCUUCUCACUAGGGCCGGGCAUGACAACCCGUCCUACAAAACGAAGCAAAUCAAGAACAGCCUCUUCAGGUCGACAGUGGAGUUUAAUGGCAUGCAGUUUGUAGGGCAGCCGUGCGCCAAUAAGAAGCUUGCAGAGAAGGAUGCUGCAGGAGAGGCAUUGAGCUGGCUGACAGGAGGAGCUCCCUCCGACUCAAGAGACCACCAAGACAUGGAUCAUAUGUCCAUGCUGCAGAAACCACCACGCAGGAAGAGGCAUCAUCAUCAUAGGAGGAGUUGAUCAGAGGCCAGCCACUUGGUGUCUCCUUUUUAUGUAGCAAAUCAGACGUAGUCAGCAUAGAAGCUAAGCUAGCAGCAAAAAUAAUUGUAGUGUAGGUAAGGUGCUCUAAACACAGCAAAUUUUGUUAGUGUGCCCGGAAAUUUUACAGGGCGAUGGGGAAACCAACAGGGGAAGAGUGGAAGACUGACUGAAAUGUUGCAAGUUCUGCAAGGAUUAGUCUAUUUUUGUGUGACUUUAGGGUCAAUUCACACAAUGGCCACUAAUGCUGUCCACGAUUUGUAAAACUAGAGAGCUGGGAGUUUAAUUUAAGUACAGUUGAGGACGAUGGAUCGUUUUCAGGAGAUAUAUAUAUAUAUAUAGGUGUUUGAA